UAGAUGCUGCUGUAGGCAGACUGUGGAGGGUUGGACUUUAUAGCGCAGCUGGAUGUGCAGGAGGACGGCUGAGGAAGAAAGAUGGUAGAGCAGGGUAACCAGGACACACCGGCCCCCCCGGAUCCAUCCAUGGCCCAGGCUUACCCGUCCGCCCAGUUCGCCCCCCCUCCUCAGAACAGCAUCCCGGCCGAGUUCACAGCCUCACACCCCCACGCUCACCCGCACUCCCACCCUCACCCGCACCAGCACCCGGCCGCCCCCCAGGACUACAGCGGGGUCCCCACCUCCGUCAGCGAGCACCCCCUCAACAUGUACCAGUCCUCACAGAGCCACGGCGAGCCAGGGGGGUCCGAGCCAGGGGGGCAGACGGUCACCGGAACAGCCACACAGACAGAUGAUUCUGCACAGACGGACAGUCACACACCUUCACAGUGUUUACCUGAAAGCACAGACAGCAAGGCUCAGCCCAAGAGACUCCACGUCUCCAACAUCCCCUUCAGGUUCAGAGACCCCGACCUCAGGCAAAUGUUCGGCCAAUUUGGCAAAAUCUUAGACGUGGAGAUCAUCUUCAACGAGCGCGGCUCCAAGGGUUUUGGGUUCGUAACGUUCGAGCAUAGCGUGGACGCCGACAGGGCCCGAGAGAAAUUACAUGGCACCGUGGUAGAAGGCCGUAAAAUAGAGGUCAACAAUGCAACAGCCCGAGUCAUGACAAACAAGAAGACCGUCAACCCAUAUGCAAACGGCUGGAAGUUGAAUCCAGUGGUCAGCGCUGUCUACAGCCCAGAGUUCUAUGCAGUUCCAGGUUUUCCUUACCCAGCAGCCAGUGCAGCAGCAGCGUACAGAGGAACCCACCUACGAGGUCGAGGACGGACCGUCUACAACACGUUCAGAGCGGCCGCUCCGCCCCCCCACAUCCCGGCGUACGGAGGUGUUGUUUACCAGGAUGGAUUUUAUGGUGCAGAUAUUUAUGGUGGUUACGCUGCCUACAGAUAUGCCCAGCCUACUGCUGCCACAGCUGCUGCAUACAGUGACAGUUACGGACGAGUAUAUGCUGCAGACCCCUACAACCACACACUCACUCCAGCAGCCACAUACAGCGUUGGUGCCAUGAAUGCAUUCGCCCCGCUGACAGACGCUAAAACCCGGAGUCAUGCGGACGACGUGGGGCUGGUGCUGUCCUCUCUGCAGGCCAGUAUAUACCGGGGGGGCUACAGCCGCUUCGCCCCCUAUUAGCAGCCCCGCCCCCUUCCCUCCACCUUUACUCAAGCUUCCAACGGGACGGACAGAAAGUGUGUGAGCGCGCGUGUGUGAGCGAGUGAGCGAGGGAGAUGUUACUGUGGCCUGGGUUUUGCAAUACGUGCAGUUUGUGCAUCACUUCAGUCUCCUCCGAGAGAAACAAAAAAAAGAAUCAAUGACAGCUGAUAUUUUUCAUCUUAUACCUCAGAUAUUUUGUGCUGUGUAUUUUGAUAUUGUGGGUUUUUAAUUUCUACAGAUAAAGUUUAGAUGAUCAGCUGUCCUCCUAGAGAGCUGCUAGAGCAGCGCGUAGACACAACGUGAAUAUUUAUCAGAUCGUUAGGGCUUGUAUAGAUCCCUGUCACAUAGAUCCUAGUCACUCUUUAGGGUUUUUAUGUUUUGUAAGAGUGUUUCAGUGACUAUGGUAGUCAAGUGUUGUCCUUUUACUUCUCUCAGCUUCCUUUGGCUCCUUCUCUCAGAACCAUCUUCAGUUUUUUAGUUUCUUCAGGAAAAGAGAAGAAGCAGCGACGACAAAGACAUUCUGAAUACUAAAGAAGCUCAGAGCAGCCAUGAUGUUUCUGUUUUUAUCCCUUCUUUAGUAACGGAGACAUCAAACAUUUUAUACUGAAACAUAUUCAUCACUUGAUGAUAAUAAUUAAGGAGAAGUCUGUCCCUGAGAUGAAGCCCCCCGAAGCGUCUGCGAUGUACGGAAGCCCCGAGAGGAGAGCGAGACAAAAAACUCGUCCUGAUCUUUAUUUUCGGUUUAUUGUUAUUUUUUAUUUUUAGUGACAGGACAGUGGAUAGCUGCAGGAAUCAAAUGUCCUCCUCGUAUGAUUUAUUUAAACUAUCACGGCGAUGAUGAUGAUGAACUUAUUUUAAUAGUUUUGUUCAUUUUAAUGUCCUUCAAAGGCUUCCAUAGUAGAUCAAGGUUUGACAGGUUAAAAAAAAAAAACAUCACAUAAUCUUUACGUCAGUU